GACAAUUUAUAUCCCAAGAAACUAUUUGCGCUACCAUUAGACAUCCUCCAAAAGCAACACCAAACGGUUUCCUAACACCGAUGGGAUUUGGACAACUCAGAAAAUAGGACUUUGAAACAAUGAACCUCGAAAUUUGAUUUAUAUAUCCGGGACAUACUUUUGUGUCAUAUAUUUGGAGAACAAUUCUUUCUUCAUUUUGGACGUUUUGUUCGAAGCGGGUAUUGUGAUGGACAAAUAUUUUUGACAAUAUUUCACAUUAUUGAGAGGGAGGGCAUGUUAUGGCGCAGACUAUGAGGGGGAAAUGUGGAAAAUGAAUGUCUAACAUCGUUGAAGUGUUGUUUAAACUUAUUGGACCAUUAAAACGACAACAUUUUCUCGUCUGAGUUAAAACAACAUCCUACAAAAUCGGUUACCUAAUGGAUCUCAGUCAGACCAAACGAAACUUUUACAUCUGAUUCGUCACAAGCGACUCCUGCAGUUUCCAACCUUCGGCGUUUGACAGUUUAGCAUGGAUCUAUUGAGAUUUGCCAGACACUGUAUGUACAUUGCAUGGCUUGGUUUCUUAUGGAGGAGUACAGCAGAUCAGCACAGCCUGACAGACCACCUGCAGUCUGCCAAUGGAUUAUCCGAACUGUGUGGUAUUGAUGAGCUACUUUGCCAGGACGAAAACUCUCUGCUAAGUUUUGAGGCCAUGCGCAGCAUUCAUAAAGACAUGGACGAUGAUGCAGACGGCAGUGUGGAUGUGACAGAAACUGAUGGGUUUCUAAGGGAAGACUUAAAGUACAAAGAUCCUAAGGGAAAACACAACAACUUCCAUAGAGCAGAUCUGCUGAUCACAGUGGAGGACAUGUGGAACACCUGGAAGGCCUCUGAAGUGUAUCACUGGACAGUAGAAGAAGCAGGGGAUUGGCUCAUCCGCUGUGUGCAGUUACCUCAGUAUGUCGAUUCCUUCAGGAAGAAUGACAUCAGUGGCAAAGCUUUGCCCAGACUUGCAGUGAAAAAUGCCACCCUGCUUCUGUCUGUGCUGAAGAUACCAGACCGCAGUCAUGCACAGAAAUUGCAGCUGAAGGCUCUGGAGACAGUGCUUUUUGGAAAUCCAAAGGGAGACAGUCACUUAAAGGACUUGAUGCUGGUGGUGUCUAUCGUGAUUGGAGUGGGAGGCUGCUGGUUCGCCUACAUACAGAACCGAAAUUCUAGGGACCACGUGGGCAAGAUGAUAAAGGACUUAGAAGGCCUUCAGAGAGCUGAGCAGAGCCUCCUGGACCUGCAGCAGAAGCUGCAGAUCGCACAGGAGGAGCACCACACAGUGGAGGAGGAGAAGGUCAACCUGGAGCGGCAGAUGAAAAGGGAGAUUGACGCAGCCAAGCAGGAGGCGCAGAGACUGCGAGAACUACGUGAGGGAACUGAGAACGAGCUGAGCAGACAGACAUAUGCAGAACAGGAGCUGGAACAGGUGCGAAUGGCUCUAAAGAAGGCCGAGAGGGAGCUGGAGUUGAGGAGCGGCUGGUCUCCUCCUGAAGCUCUGCAGAAGUGGCUGCAGCUCACACACGAGGUGGAGGUGCAGUACUACAACAUUAAGAAACAGAAUGCGGAAAAACAGCUCAUAGUGGCUAAAGAAGGGGCAGAAAAGAUCAAGAAGAAGAGAGGAACUCUCUUUGGGACGUUCCACUUGGCCCACAGCCCUUCACUGGAUGAUGUUGAUCACAAAAUCCUGUCAGCCAGACAGGCUCUGGGAGAAGUGACCACUGCUCUGAGAGAAAAGCUCCAUCGGUGGCAGCAAAUUGAGAUUCUGACCGGCUAUAAUAUUGUCAAUAACCCUGGCAUGUCGUCUCUGGCCUCUUCCCUCAACCUGGACCCUGCUUUCCUGGGCAUCCGCUCUGCUACACACCAACACCUACUGCUAUCCGAUGACCUAGACGACAUGGACGAGGACAUACUUUCCCCAGGAACCCUGCAAUAUGCCGCCUGGCAGAUGGAUCGGCGAGUGAGCGACCUUUGGCCCAUGGCCGUCGAGAGCCAAUCCCCGUGGAAACAAUCUGCUCCCAGCCUGGUGUCCCUGCGGCCCCGUCACGGAGACCCCACGCUGAACCUGAGCUCACAGAGGGAUCUGAACCGGUCUGAAUCGGAUUCCUCCCUCUCCAUGUCUCAUUGCGGAGACGCCCAGCGCUGCUCCUCAAUUCCACUCUACAGUAAGCAGUCCAGAUCCAAUGGUGGUUCCUCCACCGACAGCCUUCUGCUGCAGAAAAAGACCUUUGGCAUGGAGAAAUGUGCCAGUCUCGGAGAGAUCCACUCGUCCAGCCUCACCUCAGCCAACUCCAUGCGCUCUCUCAACUACACUUCCGAGCAGGACGGCCCGUCAUCACCGUCAGGAAAGAGAUCCAGCCGAAUCUCUCACAUCGCAGGAAAGAAGAACCUGUUGGACGAGGACAGUUGCUCCAACGGAGAAGACACUGAAGGUUCCAGCACGAACCGCAAGAAACACGCCUUUACCAAAAUCUUCAGAAGGCCAAAGAAAUAACAACAGUUUUGGGAACAUGUCAAAAUAUAAAAGGACUAAGACCCGCACAAUGGUACUUUCUAAUCUUGAAGAGUUUUAGUAAGAAGAACGUCAUUUAUGUGGAGUUUUGGAUUUAUAUAGUAAUUGUUUUGACCAACGGCAACAGGAAGAGUUAUUUGUUGGGAACAGGUGUGAUAUCACUGUACAUUUAUUUAUUUACUUCAACAAAUAAGGGCACUAGAUGGUAAUGUCCAUUUUUGGUGCGAGUUUCUUCUGUUUUUAAGUGUAGUUAGCCUGAGCUUGAGCUUUCACUCUCAAAACCAACGCCGAAGCGCAUGAAAAGACUUUCAGCCUCUGCCUACUCUAUGCUGUUUUACAUAGGAUUUGCUUGUACUUCUUUCCUUUUCAAGUGCAGCUCAACAUUGUGUUGACAAAGCAAAAGAUUUGGCCAUAAAUAUUACCAUUCACAUCCCCUUGCUAAAAAAAAAACAGACCGUAUGACACAGUAUAAGUAUGUGUAUUGACCGACAGAUGUGAGG